AUGAGAUGCGACAUCUUCUCCCCCAUGUGCCCCCUCUGCGUCGAAGCCCACGGCCCCAACGGGGCGCUCGACUCGAUGCCUGCCUUUCUCGGCGGCCCUUCCACCCCGAGCAGCACGAUGGACAAGGUGGACGAGGACUUUAUCGAGAACAUUCGCGACGACGCGAUUAGUUCCAUUCAGGAGGCGGAGUAUAUUGCCAAUGAGGACUGGAUUGCCGAGCCGACCGAGUUGAGCUUGGAGUACACCGAGUUGGAUUUGUCAAAGACCGCGGUGGUUGAGGGGGAGGUUGUGCUGCCCGAGGCGAAGAGGUGUUUGAUUGUGGAUGGGGUGCCGGAGCCGGAGGAUUUGGCGUUGACGCCGACGGAUACGAUUGUUUUUAGGUUUUGA